CAACGUAAAAACUCAACAACACUAAAAUGUAAUUAAUACAAAAUAGAAGAUUACAUCGUUUUAAAUGAUUCUCAAAUAAUAUAAAUGAGAUAUUGCUUUUCCUAUAAUGUAUAGGGACAAUAAUGAAGCACUGAAAAGGAUAAAUGGGAAAUAAAAUAUUUGUUUGAAACUUAAAAUGGAAACGAAUCUUUAUAUGAAACUUUACUUUUGUAUUCAUAAUUUGUAUUUAGUUGCAUAUGGUGUAUGUACUGAUACGGAAAAAAUCAACUGACAAAGGUAACAUACUGUUGACCAAAAAAAAAGAAUAUACUGUUGACCAAAGAAAAAAGAUGAAUAUCAACAAAGUUAUCACAUGGAGGAAAAAAGGUUAUCAGAUUUUUGCUUGCCAAUGUUGUGUAUAUAAUUCAUGCUAUGCUCAACAAGUUAAGAAUAUACUGAGUUAAUAUUUACACAACGUGAGUACGCAUGUGCUUGUAUAUGUCUAUGCAUACUGUUUUGUUUGUUUCUCUUUUAACGAUGCUUGCGAUUUCUCAUAAUUCUAGAAAUUUUUGUUUUCUAAUUAUAUUUUUUAUUUAUAGCGUGUAUGUGCAUAUAUAUAUAUAUUCAUGUGUAGCUUAUAAAUAUCUAAUAUGUAUUGUUUCUUCUUUACAGUUUUGAAGCGUUUAGAUAUUUUGUUCAACGAGAUAAAAUCGUUCGAAUUAAGCAGUAAGUUCAACUUCAAUCACUCAAUAGAAUUUUCUUUUAAGAUUCUAACAACGAAAUUAAUUGGUUGGUUGAAAAUAAUUGAAUAUCAUGUGUUUGGAACAAUUAAUUAAAGGUGCCAUAAGUUUUAGCCAUGAUAACAGUUUAAGAGUUAAAGCAUGCCAAAGAAAGCUGACAUCCAUGAGCGACUAAAUGGUAAAUACACUUACAAAAUCCUGAUGGACUAUGUUUUAUGGAGAUCGCAGGUCACCUUAAUAUUAUAAUCACACCAAAAAACAAUGUCUCUCGUAGAUCAAUUGCUUGGCGAAGGAGCAGUGGCGGAUUUAUGUGUGUGGAAAAACAAGAUAAAAUCAGGCAUCACAUUUGCAAUUGCCACACAUAGCUGGUACCAAUUGGUGAUCAUGGAGACUCGACUUGUACCAUUUCUAUGUUCAAUCUUGUUAGUCCUGAUGCUGCUUCUCUUCAUCUGGGUCAAGUUUGGAGAACCCCUUUUCAUUUGGAGAGCUCCCACUCCUGAAGAAUUCAAACAAAAAGAUUCUCCAGUUAGAGCCUUAUUUUCAGAGAUCGAAGGUCUUCUCUUGAUGCUGUAUGAGAUUGCAUACGAAGAAGACAUGAAAACCUUACUCUGGGCCAUCCUUUUUGUGGCCAUCAUAUACACUCUUGGGAGCUACAUUAGCCUCCUCACAAUUAUAUAUAUAUGUCUUGUCUGCUUGAUGACGAUUCCAGUUUUGUACCUACUAUGUCAAGAGGUUGUUGACAAUUUCAUUGAGGAUGUAUCAGAAGUGAAGAACAAGAUACACGAAAUAUUCAAACCAAGCAGAAGAAGUUGUGCUAGGUCAUGUGAGUGUGCCGUAUACUAAAGCAAACCAUAUAUGCUAUAAUAUCAUUGUUGAGCUUAUUUGAUUGAGAAGGGAUACUUGGACACUGUAUCUUUUAAUUUAGUAUUUAAAAAUUCGUAGAUGAUCAUAGAAAGCCAGUUAAAUCUGAAACUUGCAGUGAUAAUAUUAAGGAAACUAUCUAGACAAUGAACCAACUCAUGAGAAUGUAAAAUCUUUAAUUAUAAACAAAGAAGGACAAUUACUUCUUUGCAGAACCUCCCAAGAACGUAUGUGGAAAAUCCACUUUAACACACAAUAAAAGAAGCUCAUGUUCUGUCUUUUUCUGAAGCACAUAAACAUUGUUACCAUGCAGUAAAGAGGAAAAACAGUUACAUAUUUAAUAAAAAAAUAAUAAUAAUCGACAAUGGAUAGUCUAAACUCUUAGACCACCUCUCCUAAGGGGAGUUUCAAGCAAAAUAAAAAAAAAUGAAAACGGCAAAAAAAGAAAGAACAGGGUCUUAAAUUGGGCUUUCUACGACUGGUAAGGAACCCUUACGUGUCAGUAUCCUAUUCGACCACCCCUUAAUGUCUCUCUCUCCUUCGUCUCGCGAAAUCAGUUUGGCUUCCUCCUCCAUUCUCGAUCAAUCCAUCUCCUCUCUCGAAUCUCAUCCCAUCGUUCUUGGUUAGGCAAAAUCUCGUUCUGAGGGUAUGAUGAAGAUCAGAAGAGAAGAAGGCUUGAAGAGAAAGCAAGGAUCGAGGGAAGGAUGAAACUCAGACAAGAGGCAAGGCUUGCGGUAAUGAAGGUGGAAGAAGAAGAAGAAGCAAGAUCAGACUGCUCGUCUGAGUUUGCUUUUGAUGCAUUACGGAAUCAACACAAACGUCAGAAACGGAUUCACCAUCAUCAAAGCAUCCGUCUUUCAUUCCAGAAAGCAAGAGGUGACACAAAAAGCCGAGUACAUGUGACACAAGAAUCCAAGAGAGGGGGUUGCCAACAUGUGACAUAAGAAGACAGAAGUUGAUGUGCGGGUUUAGAUUCACUGCUUUGCUUGCUUUUCAUAGAUGUCUUUAUUCGUUAUGGUGUCUCUUUUCAGGUUGAGCCAAGACCAAAAGAAGAAACAGAGCACGUGACACAAAAAAAAACAGAACCAUGUAAUCAGUUUUCUCGUGAGUGAUCAGUACCAAAAGUUAAAGAAGAGGACAAGAAGGAACAUAGCCAUUACAUGUGACCAAGCAGAAGCCAUUACGUAUGGGUGUCAAAUGUGUCUCCUUUUAUCUCUAUAAGUAUAAAAAUUUGAGUUUGUAAGUUACAAGCUUAUCAUUUCUCUCCCUAUUGUAUUGUCUUUACCAUUUCCUUAUUAAAGAUCUUGUUACUUCUUGUGUUUCUCUCCCUAUUGUAUUCUCUUACCAUUUCACCGAACACUUUGUUUCUCUUAACAUUUUCCCAUUCAAAA